AUUUUAAACAAUUGUUUGAUACAAUAGUUUUAAAUUGUUACUGUAUCUAACAGCAAUGUAUGCUAUUAUUAUUUGGAACAUGGUUAUAUUUCUCUUAAUUUGACAACACAAAGAUUCACUGUCACAUAUAACUUCUGUUUUUUUCCCCACAAUAAACUACCAUGUCAACAUAUUUGUUAGUCAGAUCUCUUUCCAGACUUUGUUUGCUCGGGAAUUUGUUAUUUCUACUUUGCCUACUUUACUGCCAUAGGGCAGCACUGAGGCACAGACCAUGGCAAAACAGAAACCAUAUCCCUGUGUUAAUAAAUAAUGAUAUACACAGGGAUAGGACAGGGGAGUUAAAUAACUUACUGAAGACAGCCAUUCAAUCCAAAACAUGUGAUGUGUAUUAGAUAGCACAGCUUUAUUUGUGAAAGGAAGAUGGGAAUAGCAUCGAGGCAUGGUCUCAGAAGUCUUGUAUUUGCCCCUUCUUUAUACCCAAGCGGGUCUUGUUGCUAGUGGCACGUUUAUGUCUCGUUUCCAGUUCUCAUUUUAUAUAAUGGCAAGCUGAUUCUCACUAAUUGUUUUACUGAGAAUACAGUAGGAGGACCUUUCAGACCUCCAGGGGACUAAAGAAGAGAAGGACAGAAAUCACCGCCGGGUUAACCACUAUAGAAGAAGAUCAAGCCAAGGAUCCCUAUGUCGCACUACAACAACACUGGAGGAUAUAACAACCCUGCCUAUCAUGACAGUGACACCCUGGAGAUAGAUAGGAGUCCUUCUAGGAAAUCCCAAUCCCAUCACAGUAACCCCCAUGGUAACCCCUACCCCAGGGAUGAUGGAGCCGGGGGUGAGAGGGGUAGGUCCGAUCUUCAGCAGCUCCCAGGAGGGGUCCAGUCCAGCUACGACGAUGCCCAGGAGAGAGUGCCCUGGGGCGGGUGGCAGGAGGGGAGCUGGAGGGGCAGAGACAGCAUUCCCAUGGGUCUCCUUCCUUCCCGGUCGGAGAGCCCACGAUGGCAGCAGCAUGACCUCAAUCACAGCGGGUACCAGAUCGACCAGGCAACACAUUAUGACACAACGCCUCCUGUACGACUUCCAUCUGCAACUUCAGGUCAUGUUCCGAUGAGGUUCAGGGGGUCGGGGAAGAUGAGUCUAUUCCCUGUAGGAGAGGCUGCUCUGGGCAAUCUGGGCCUUUCUGAGGACGACAUCAGGAAUGAGAUGGAGAAUGAGGAACAGAACUUGGUUCAAGAGCUGGUUGCUAUGUCAACGAGGGACAGAAUCAAGGCCAUCCGAGACCUCCCUAUGAGCUUUGAUGACAAGAAACACAUCAGGGGCCAAGUGUUGGCGUUGAAAUCAUUCAAAAAGUCCCGGCAACUGAACUGCUUUGCGGACUGUUCAAAGACUAUCUCACUGGCGUUCCGCAGGUGCGGUGCUAACAUGACUUUAGCCAAGCAGACCCUGGAACUGUGGCGGGGUACCAUGAAGGAGGUCGGGGGUAAAUUUGGCACGGGGGUCCUCUCCUACUUCAAGUUCCUAAAAUGGCUGCUGAUGUUCAACAUCUUCUCCUUCCUGGUCAACUUUGGUUUCAUCACCAUCCCCCAGCUCAUCUAUCACCCCACGCCAGACAUCCCCGCUGGGGUCAGCUUCAAAGGGCUGGAGAUACUGACCGGAGCGGGUUAUUUCAGCCACACAGUGAUGUAUUAUGGCGGCUACAGUAAUAAAACACAAGGGACAGGGGGCCGGUCUGAGUACAACAUGCAGCUGGCCUACUUCUUCACCGUAGCAGCCUACAUGGUGUUGUGUGGAGCCGCCCUCAUCUACAGCAUGGCCAGCUCGUUCAGGAAGAAGUAUGUCCUUGCAGACUCAGGCUUGGGUGGAGCCUGGCAGCUCCUGUGUAGCUGGGACUUCAGUGUGACUAACGAGAAAGCCGUACGACAGCGCAAGAACAAUCUGCGCAUCCAACUCAAGGAGUCCUUAUCAGAAAAGGUCCAGGUGGCCCUGCUACCUCUGACAGAGAGGCUGAAGCACUAUGGGGUCUUCCUGGGUACCUGGCUCCUCUCCACGGGCAUGGCCUUGGGCUGUGGCGCCAGUGUCUACUUCCUGUGUCAAUAUGACACAUGGCGGACGAGGCAGUCAGCGGACAAAGCUUCCGGCACUCUCCUGGAGGAGGCCGCUACUCUCCUCCUCCCCUUUGUGGUGUCCCUGAUCAAUCUGGUCAUCCCUCUCUUCUACUCUCUGUUCAAAAAGAUAGAACACUACUCCAACCCUCGCAUGCAGGUCUAUGCCAUCAUAGUCAGAAAUGUCAUUCUCAAGAUGUCCAUUCUAGGUAUUCUCUGCUACUACUGGAUGAAGGAUGUGGCCAAUACAUUUUCAUGCUGGGAGUCCAUCGUAGGACAAGCCUUGUACAGACUGGUUAUUAUGGACUUCCUCUUCAUAAUGUUAGGAUCCUUCUUUGGAGAGUUCUUGAGCAAUGUCAUUGGGACUAAAUGCAUACAGAGCCUGGGAGUUCCAGAGUUUGACGUUGCCAGGAAUGUCCUUGACCUGAUCUAUGCACAGACCCUGGCAUGGAUCGGAAUCUACUUCUCUCCCCUCCUCCCAGUGAUACAGAUAAUCAAGUUCUUCAUCCUCUUCUACCUAAAGAAGGUCAGCCUGACCCAGAACUGCCAGCCCCCCAGGCGAGCCGGCAGGGCGGCUCAGAUGCAAACCAUCUUCAUCGCUAUCCUCUUCUUCCCUUCCUUCGUGGGGGCUCUAUCCAUGGUGGCCUACACCGUGUGGACUCUGCCCCCCUCAGACAAGUGUGGGCCCUUCAGGGGCCUCAACACCACCUUCAGUGCAAUACAGAUCUGGAUGGACGAUUUGAACAGGGUGGAUGCGUUUCAGUGGACUGUCUGGAUCUACCAGCACGUCAUCAGGAGUGAGAUAUUCUACUUCCUGGUCUCUCUCAUCAUCCUUGUCUUCAUUUACAUCUUCAGGCAGAUCACUCAGGGACGCCAGCUGCUUAUCAUUCUACUGAGACAGCAGAUUGUUAAUGAAGGGAAGGACAAGGCGUUCUUGUUGGAGAAGCUACAGAACCUUCAGAAAUCCAAGCAGAACAAACAGAAAAAGAAAAAACAGGUCAGGAAAAGACAGGAAAAUGAAUCCUCCACUGGCAUGCUCCAGGCUCUGAUUGCCCGACAGCGGUUGGAGCAAGAGAAUGGUGACAGCAGCAGCUCUUUCGGUGUGCCUAUGCCUUCCGGCCACUCAGUCUCUACGACAUCGAGUGCUAUGAUGCAGGCCAUGCUAGCCAGGCAAUACGCAGAGGACCAGAAUGUAGCCAGUUAUCGCGGGGUGCCAUUUCCUGCAGACCAAACACCUGCGCCCUCCAGUGCACUGAUACAGGCCAUGCAAGCCAGGCAAAGGGCGGAGUCACAGAAUGAGGACGAGUUUUACCGGGCGCCAGUCCAGUCACAGAACCCAGUAAACGCGUUACCCAGUGCGAUGAUACAGGUGAUGCAAGCCAGGCAGAGGGCGGAGUCAGAGCAGGAAGAGGACGAGUUUUACCGGACACCAGUUCAUUCAGAACACCCAGUGUCAUCAACGCCCAGUGUCAUCAACACCCAGUGUCAUCAACACCCAGUGUCAUCAACACCCAGUGCGAUGAUGCAGGUCAUGCAGGCCAGGCAGAGAGCAGAGGAGGAGGAGAGCGAGUUUUACCGGGCGCCUGCUUCUUCACAGCACCCAGAUGCGUCAGGCACCGGUAGUGCUCUGAUACAGGCCAUGCUAGCCCGGCAACAGGUAGAGGAGGAGUACAGUGACAGAUACUAAGCAUGACCGAGAACUGAACCACUUGGGGGGAGGGGGGGGCAGGCAAAAUUGAAAUGUGACCAGCUGUAGAAAGCUGAGAAAUGUAAGAGGAAAUGCAAUAAGAUUCUGAAUGGCAUCAAGAGAGGGCAGGACCACCUCUAUGUAGACUGUUUCUAUUGGACCAUAAAAGAGUGUAGCCAAUGGGGUGUGAAAAGAUACAUCUGAUAUAUGUAUUCCCUUUUGAUAAAAGAACACAUUGUUUUUGUAAAAAAAAUGUUUGAAUAUUUAAAAUAUUUGUGUACUGUAUGUAUACAUUAUAUGUGCUUAGUCUGUAAAAUACUGUCGAUGAAUGUUGUAUAAAUGUAGGAAUAUUCUCAUCCGUAUUAAAUUGUAAAUACUAUAAAAUUGUAUGGUACUCUAUGCACAGCACUGUCCUCUAGUGGUAGGGAUUGAACCUGGUCUAGAUGUUCAUCAAUGAAUAGGUACUUGAGUAGAUAUCAAAUAUAUACUUUGAUAAUACAUCCAAGUCACUUAUUGUUCUCAGAGCAAAGCAAAAACAGAUAUAGAACAUAAUGAAAGAAACUACAGCAAAUAUUUUCUGUACAAAAUGAAACACUCUGAGUUUGCUAUGGAAUACAUUUGUUUAUUGAGUAAUUCAUUGCAGAAUCCUUAAUCCCUAUAAGCACAAAGUACUUUAAAUAGAAUACACAGUCAUUGGUCAUAAUUGUACUCAAGUAACAUUGGUGUCCAGUGGUCAGUUUUUGUUUUAUCCGAUACUGAGUAAUGUGCAGUAAACACACCACUGAGGCAACAAACAAUAUGUAACUUCAAAUGGAAAAUAAUACACAUCUUACAGUGAUUUCACAGAUCAAAAACAUUCUGCUUUGUGACACUUAUUUACAUUUAUAUAGUUAUGCGUUAUAGGCACGGUAUACGCUGCAAACACUUGUAGCUAUAUUUUGCAGUGCACAUUCUUAAAAUACAAGUUAAAUGCAGUUUGUCACCCCCUUCCUAAUUCCAAAUUUAGUAAGGCUAAUAGCAUGCAAAAACAUCGCAUAAACAGUCCUAUGGUGUCCCAGGAAAAUCAGAGGGCAUUUUGUUACAAAUCUUGUUUAAAUGGGCGUCCAUUUUUGAACCUACAAAUGAAUGAUAUAUACCCAUUAAUUCUUGAAGAAUAUAACAUUAAUGCCUCAUCAGCUUAGUUCAACUGUCUGACCCCAUUAGAACCCAAAAUAGAAGCUUGUUUCACUCCAAUGUUUGUAAACAAAGUCAAUGUAAACAAACACUACACAGCCUCAAAACAUGGUUAAAACUAUAAUGUCAAUAUCAUGGAUAUUCAGUCCUUGCAUCCAUAGUUCUGUCUCUGAAUUUGAGAGUGGUUACAUUUCUCCAGCUCGAUUCCUCAGCUUUUAACUGAAACAGGGGAGGGUGAAACGCUAUUGUUAUUGAUUGCUGCUUUCCUUGUGUGUCAGAUCAUCUAGUUGUAUGAUCAGUGUGUACACGGCUGUCUUUCCAUGACUAUCAACGCCCAAACUGGGAACAAGGGAGUGAAUAUCCUGGCUCAAUUAAGGCAGUGAUGAAUUCAAUCAGAACGGAUUCAGUUUCUACAGAAUCCCCAAAAGACCCAACACCGGUGACGGACCACAAUUGGAUAGCACUGACUUCAUACAUUUACUUUUGACACAUCCUGGUGAGCAAAACGAGUUGAAAUGACGAUGAAAUAACAUCAGCACAACCAGAAACAGGUUAAAAAUGACAUAACUGCGACAUCGUGUGAACCAGUUGUAACCAGUUUUUCCCCGCUGGGAUCCCUCCCUUCAGCACUGGUCUUCCCCCAGAGUCUCUGAUACGUCACUCGGG